GACAAUGCAUCUAAUGGAAGGAGAACUCCCUACCUCCAUGUCAGGAAGUUGUGGUGCUUGCAUUCAUGGAAAGCUGUACAUUUUUGGCGGAUAUGAUGACAAAGGAUACAGCAAUGGCCUUUAUUUCGUUAAUUUGCGAACAAGAGAUGAAACCUACAUUUGGGAAAAAAUCACCAAUUUUGAAGGACAGCCACCUACACCACGUGAUAAACUUUCCUGCUGGGUAUACAAUGACAGAUUAAUAUAUUUUGGUGGCUAUGGGUGUAGGAAACACAAUGAACUCCAAGACUGUUUUGAUGUGCAUGAUGCAUCUUGGGAAGAGCAAAUAUUCUGGGGGUGGCAUAAUGAUGUUCAUGUAUUUGACACAAAGACACAGACAUGGUUUCAACCAAAAAUUAAAGGCGGAGUUCCACCGCAGCCACGAGCAGCACAUACUUGUGCAGUGCUUGGAAAUAAAGGCUAUGUCUUUGGAGGACGUGUUUUGCAAACUAGGAUGAAUGAUUUGCAUUACCUAAAUUUAGAUACUUGGACUUGGUCUGGAAGAAUUUCCAUUAAUGGAGAAAACCCUACACAUCGGUCAUGGCAUACUCUGACAGCACUAGCUGAUGAUAAGCUUUUCCUAUUUGGUGGACUAAGUGCAGAUAAUGUUCCCUUAAGUGAUGGUUGGAUUCACAAUGUUAUGACAAAUGGUUGGAUACAGCUUACUCACUUACCUAAAACAAGACCCAGGUUAUGGCACACAGCCUGUUUGGGAAAAGAAGAUGAAAUAAUGGUGUUUGGAGGGAGCAAAGAUGAUUUACUUUCCUUGGAUACAGGUCACUGUAAUGAUUUGUUGAUAUUUCAAACACAGCCUUAUUCACUGGUCAGGUCAUGCCUUGACUGCAUUGGUAGAAAUGCUGUACUUUUAGAGUCUCAGAUAUCUUUAUUACCACCUAAACUUCUGCAACAAGUACUGAAAAAAAUUACAUUUUGGACUGCAACUAAUCAUAGAGAAGAACAAAAAGCCGAAAAAGAAAGAAACAAGAAAUAAAUAAAUAUCACUGGA